GCCGCAAGACAGACCGUGGGGAAGGAAGGAAAAUGGCUCGACCUGCAGGCGCAGCGCUUUGGCGGCUGCAGCAUCUCUUCUCACAACUCUCCCGCUCUGCAACACUGGCAGCGGUCCCGAGAUCGACGGCUGCUUAUAGCACUGCCAUAACCUCAGCGAAAGUAGAAGUGAAUGGCGUCCACCUACACUACCAACAGACUGGAAAUGGAAAUCAUGCUGUCCUGCUACUCCCUGGCAUGUUAGGCAGCGGUCAGACUGAUUUUGAACCACAGCUGAAGAAUAUGAACAAGGAGAUUUUUACCGUUGUUGCAUGGGACCCCCGAGGAUAUGGAAAAUCAAUCCCCCCAGUUCGAGAUUAUCCUCUAGACUAUUUUGAAAGAGAUGCAAAAGAUGCUGUUGACUUGAUGCAGGCACUGAAGUUUCAGAAGUUCUCUUUGUUGGGAUGGAGUGAUGGUGGAAUAACCGCACUCAUUGCAGCUGGAAAACAUCCAGAUUUGAUCCACAAAAUGGUGGUGUGGGGAGCCAAUGUGUUUGUUACAGAAGAGGAUGUGAAAAUUUACAAUGCUAUCCGAGAUGUUUCAAAAUGGAGUGAAAAAGUAAGAAAGCCAUUGGAAGAAAUGUAUGGGCAUGAAUAUUUGAGCAAAAUGUGUUCAGCUUGGGUAGAUGGAAUCUCCCAGUUCACGCAAAAAUCAGAUGGUGAUAUCUGUCAGCUUCUGCUAACUCAUAUUAAAUGCCCAACACUAAUUAUACAUGGUGAGAAAGAUCCAUUGGUACCCCGUUUUCAUGCAGAAUAUAUCCACAAGCAUAUCAAAGGUUCACGGUUGCAUUUUAUGCCUGAAGGAAAACAUAAUUUACACCUAAGGUUUGCAGAAGAGUUUAAGAAAAUGGUAGAAGAAUUUCUUGUGUAAAGCACCUACUUCUAUGCUGUUCCUGAGAGAUUGGUAAACUUCAGCUGAAACUGGCAACAGUGAAUUGUAUUCUUAAGGGAAAGAAUGCGACAAAGGAAUGUAUUUUCUCCAAAUGGUAGCAAAACUGAUAUAUGCCAAUAAUUCUGGGACAUGGAAAAGGAUUAAAAACUGCUAGAAGUGG